GACGGAUUGGAAGAACACAUUUUCUCUGUUGACGUGUAGAGAUCAUGGCUCGAGGAUGGGGACGAGGGGGCGAUCGCGGCGAGGAUGCUGAGGAUCACGACGAAUUCGAUCCAGAGCCCUACGUCGGGGGCUACGACAUUGGAUCUGUGUAUGGCGCCAUCAAGGAAGCGAGUGAAGAGUGGAGCUACCCUCGCAGUGGCGAUCCGGGUGAGUAUGGCGAUGAGGAUUUCGAGGUGGAUGUGGGGAGAGCCACGGAUUAUGGCACUGCCAAGCCUUCUUACUACGGCCAUGGCCAGGGGAAGAGUAGCUAUGGCGGGCAUUCAUCUGGGUAUGAUGGAUCUGGCUAUGGCGGAGGGAGUGAGUAUGGAUCUGGGAAUGUAGGCUAUGGUGGUGGGCAGGGCGAGAGUGAAGGCUACGGUGGUGGCAAUUACGGUGCCGAGGAGAGCGGAGGCUACGGGUAUGGUGGUGGUCGGAAGAAAUACGGUGAGGAACAGGAGAGCCAGGGUUAUGGCGGUGGCUAUGGAGGUGGUGGUGGCGAGGAGGGGACCGAGGGCUACGGAGGAAGAAAGAAGUAUGGCGGCGAUGAGGAGGAGAGCGAGGGCUAUGGAGGACGAAACAAGUAUGGUGGAGACGAUGAAGCGAGCGAAGGUUAUGGAGGACGAAAGAAGUAUGUUGGAGAGGAGGAAGAGAGCGAAGGCUAUGGAGGACGGAAGAAGUAUGGUGGCGACGUUGAAGAGACCGAAGGCUAUGGAGGGCGAAAGAAGUAUGGUGGGGACGAUGAAGAGACCGAAGGCUAUGGAGGGCGAAAGAAGUAUGGUGGGGACGAUGAAGAGACCGAAGGCUAUGGAGGGCGAAAGAAGUAUGGUGGCGAGGAGGAAGAGACCGAAGGUUAUGGAGGGCGCAAGAAGUAUGGUGGCGACGUUGAAGAGACCGAAGGCUAUGGAGGGCGAAAGAAGUAUGGUGGGGACGUUGAAGAGACCGAAGGCUAUGGAGGGCGAAAGAAGUAUGGUGGCGACGGUGAAGAGACCGAAGGCUAUGGAGGGCGAAAGAAGUAUGGUGGCGAGGAGGAAGAGAGCGAAGGCUAUGGAGGGCGAAAGAAGUAUGGUGGCGACGUUGAAGAGAGCGAAGGCUAUGGAGGGCGAAAGAAGUAUGGUGGUGACGAGGAAGUGACUGAAGGCUAUGGAGGGCGAAAGAAGUAUGGAGAAGACGUUGGAGUGACCGAAGGCUAUGGAGGGCGAAAGAAGUAUGGUGAUGACGUUGAAGAGAGCGAAGGCUAUGGAGGAGGAAAGAAGUACGGUGGAGAUGAAGAGAGCGAAGGCUAUGGAGGACGAAAGAAGUAUGGUGGCGACGAGGAAGGCGAAGGCUAUGGCGGUGGAGGAUAUGGCAGUGGUCGAAAGAAAUACGGGGAAGAAGAGAGUGAAGAAGGCUAUGGAGGCCGGAAGAAGUACGAAGAAGGCGAUGGCGAAGGCUAUGGCGGCUAUGGAGGCCGGAAGAAGUACGGGGAAGACAAGAGCGAAGGCUACACUGGCUAUGGCGGCCGGAGGAACUAUGGCGAGGACUAAAGCUAUGGUGUGCUAGUAAGAAUAAUGUUACUCUGUUUCUUGUGUGGUU